AUGUCCGUCUUCCGCCCCUCCGCCCACGCCCUCAUAACCGGCGGCGCCUCCGGCAUCGGCUACGCCGUCGCGCGCCUCUGUCUCUCGCACUCGAUGCGCGUCACCAUAGAGGCCACCAAAUCCCUCUCGGGAAACCUAACUUCCAUAAAAGCAGACGUAACCUCCCGCUCCGACUGGGCCACUCUCAAACAACACAUCGGCACAGACAUCGAUUUCCUUAUGCUGAACGCUGGUAUUGGGGGAAAGGGAACGUGGGGCGACGCUGAUUACUUUGAUAGUAUUCUCGGGACGAAUCUGGGAGGCGUGGUGAAUGGGCUCAAUGCGUUUGUGCCGGUGAUGUUGGAGAAAGAGAAGGAAGGGGGGAAGAAGGCGAUUGUGAUUACGGGGAGUAAACAGGGGAUUACGAAUCCGCCCGGAAACGCGGCGUACAAUGCUAGUAAAGCGGCAGUAAAGACGCUGGCUGAGCAUCUGAGUUUUGAUCUCAAGGAUACGAAUGUUGGGGUACAUUUGUUGGUCCCUGGGUGGACAUUCACGGGGUUGGCUGGAAAAGUGCCUGGCAGCGACACAGAGACGCCAAAGGGUGCGUGGUCUGCGGAUCAAGUGGCGGAGUACAUGCUUGAGAAGAUGAAAGAUGACAAGUUCUAUAUCAUUUGCCCCGAUGGCCAAGUCACUGAAGAGACGGACAAGAAACGUAUGCUAUGGAGUGUUGGCGAUAUUAUCGGCGGACGGCCGCCGUUGACGAGAUGGCGCCCAGAGUACAAGGAAGAGGCGGAAAAGUGGAUGGCGGAGCAGAAAGUCUAA